AUGAAGGCCAACUCUUUGCCAGCACCCGACGCUCUAGACUUCGUCGAAAACGUUCGAGAUGUUGGUAUGUCCAGGAUUGUCUCGGGCUGGGAAGCCAAGGACGGUCAGAUCCCUUACCAGCUGUCCAUUCGAAUGGUCGCCAAGACUGGCGCGGUCUCUAGCUGCGGCGCUACGAUCAUCCACAGCGAGUGGGCGCUCACCGCUGCCCACUGCACCGCAUCCCGGGUGAGCUUCGUCAUCCGCGUCGGUGCUCUGGCUCUGAGCCACCCUGAACUGAUAUUCGAGACAACUGAGUUCUACAACCACCCUGAAUACGACGAGUCCCUCACAAGAGUGCAGCCCCACGACAUCGGUGUCAUCAAAUUCAACCGCGUCCUCGAAUUCAAUGACCGCAUCCAACCGAUCAGAAUCCAGGCGUCUGCGGACAAGGACAAGAACUAUGACAAUAUCAGACUGCAGGCUAGCGGUUGGGGUCGCACGUGGACAAAUGGUGCAUCACCUGAGGUGCUGAACUGGGUAUACCUUAACGGUGUCAACAACGUGCGGUGCAGGGCAGCCUUCGGUGGAAGUGCUAUAGUCGUUGACUCCACCAUCUGCGCUGGCAGCUACAACGUCACCAGCCAGUCUACUUGCCAGGGUGACAGCGGAGGACCAUUGAUCGCCAUUGACGUCGACGGUCAACCCACUGAGGUCGGUGUGACUUCCUUCGUAUCCAGCACUGGUUGCCACACUGGUUUCCCCGCUGGUUUCAUCCGGCCGGGCUACUAUCACGAAUGGUUCACGAAAGUGACCGGUGUAGACUUUGACUGGCAAGCAGUUACCACUACACCCAGCCCAGCAUACGAAGAUAUUCUCUAAUGAAAUGAGGACUUCAAAUGUACAC